UGGCAGAUUACGGGCCUGGCAGCAGCAAUGGGAGGCCCGUAAUCUGCCAUGGGCCCCUGUACCGCCUCCUCAUGCUGCUGCCAGGUCCAGAGUGUGUCAUGGGUCCCUGUACGGCCUCCCAUUGCUGCUGUCUCCAUCGCCACACUCUGCCAUGUGCCACUUUCAGGUCUCCUCACACUGCUGGUGGGUUCCAUUUUGUCAUAGGGUGCUGUAUGGCCUCCCAUUGCUGCUGCCUCCACCGCCACACUGUGGCUCCACACUCUGGUUUUGGCCCCGUGACUGCCCAAAUGAGUGAAGUGUGCGGUGAUUCUAAGAUCGACGGCACUCAUCUGCAUGUCAUACUG